AUGGAGGCUGUAGAUGUAAAUAACAAUGCCGAUGACAAGGAAGAAAGUUAUUGCAGUGCUCCUGAAGAUGGUGUUGGUGUUGGCAGUUGUGAUUCUGAUCAAAGGGACUCUUAUGUUGAUGACAGGGAAUCCGAUACUAGUGCUUAUAAUUAUGAUGAUGAUACAGAUGGACUAAACAGUAGGCAAGAAAGUGACAAUGAAGAUAUUUUGGAUUAUAAUGAUGAUCUUGAAGAAACUGAAAAUGGAAGUACCGCUGAUGCUGAUGAAAUAUAUGAGCAUAUGGAUGAAAUGUAUGAUGCUGAUGAUAAUGAAUCUGAUGAUGUUAUUAUUUGUAGUGAUGUUGAUGACCAGGAGCUACAUGACGGAACUGUGGAGUUACCAUUUGAUAGGAUAACGGAAAUCUUCGUAUUAACAUUUAAAAGAGACACAAUCCUUGACAACAGUGGCAAUAUAAUAGACCAAUCAGGAUCAGUGGAAACAGGUUAUUUCAAGUAUACGAAUAUGUAA